GCGGCCGGCAGGGUCACCGCCUCGCGCUGUCCUUGCGGACGCCGCGGCGCGGUCGCCGCAGAGGAGACGCGCGCUCGGCAGCGAACGGCCGUGUUGUGGGGCGAGCGGCGGCAGUGAGCGUCUCAGCAUGUUGUGUCGGGCGGCGUGCAGCGCGGGCGGGCGGCUGGCCCCGGCGGCGACGGCCGCGGGCUGCCGGCAGAAGCACAGCCUCCCCGACCUGCCUUACGACUACGGCGCCCUGGAGCCGCACAUCAACGCGCAGAUCAUGCAGCUGCACCACAGCAAGCACCACGCGGCCUACGUGAACAACCUGAACGCCACCGAGGACAAGUACCGCGAGGCCCUGGCCAAGGGAGAUGUUACGACUCAGAUUGCUCUUCAACCUGCCCUGAAGUUCAAUGGUGGGGGACAUAUCAAUCACAGCAUUUUCUGGACAAACCUGAGCCCUAAUGGUGGUGGAGAGCCCAAAGGAGAGUUGCUGGAGGCUAUCAAACGUGACUUCGGGUCUUUUGAGAAGUUUAAGGAGAAGCUGACUGCUGUGUCUGCUGGAGUUCAAGGUUCAGGCUGGGGCUGGCUUGGCUUCAAUAAGGAGCAGGGUCGCUUACAGAUUGCUGCCUGCUCUAAUCAGGACCCAUUGCAAGGAACCACAGGCCUUGUUCCUUUGCUGGGGAUCGACGUGUGGGAGCAUGCCUAUUACCUUCAGUAUAAAAACGUCAGACCUGAUUAUCUGAAGGCUAUUUGGAAUGUAAUCAACUGGGAGAAUGUCACUGAAAGAUACACAGCUUGCAAGAAGUAAACCCUUAUACUGAGUAUGCUAGGCCUUCGAUGGCUAUUUUUGUAGUACAGAUUACCGCGGUAACUAUGACUGCUUUAUUGUAACACUUACUGAUGUGUAUCCACAUAUUUGAUGAACAUAAUGCUAUGAUAAUUUCUUAUUUUUAAUUAAAUUUAUUAUUAGGCAACUGUUUGAGAACAGUAUAUACUCUGUGUGAAUCACUCUUGACUGAUGUUUUCAUUAAAGCCUUGUUGCUAGGAUGCUAUAACUGUCAUUGUAAGACCAUCAGAAAUAUUCUUUCUCUGUGAUUUGGGGGCCUAAAGAAGACUCUGGAAUCCUGUUCUACUGCAGUUAGAAAAAAAUGAGUUUUGUUUUUUUUCUGAAUAGUUUCCUUUUUUAUUAAAAAUUACUCAUUUUGGUAAGUAAUCCUCUGUAUAGAGGAUGUCACAUAGUGGACUUUAUUUAUGAUCACAGUUUCCCACACAUUUGAAAUCUGUAACUUGAGGCUAAGGAUAUAGUUCAGUGAUAGAGCCUUGUCUGUGCCGUGCAAGGCCCUGGACUCUGCUUCAGUACCUUAAACAAAUCAUCAGACCCCAUAGUUUGGUUGCUGACUGAGAACUGUUUAAUUAUGAGAGAAGUAUGAUUGUACUUCUGGGGUGGUCUAUAGACAGAUGCAAAACCAUUUAAUAUUAUCUUUAAAAAACAACUGUGUAUUGCAUGAAAGUGCUCAAGAUGGACAAAUUAGGGUCUGCCUGAUGAUGUCAAGUAUGAGGACUAGGCCACAGGGCAUUCUGGGAAGCCAUUCAGACCCAUUAAUUUAUGUCUCAGAACUAUACUGUGUGCCAGGUGGCACCUUUGUCAGUAGAGGCAAAUGGAGUUUUGAGUGAGAUCAGUAGGGUAUCUCCCGGAGAACAUUAGUUUUCAGAGACACUUAUUUUUGUUUUUUCUGUAUGUUGUUUCAAGAAUUUAUAGUAGCCAGAGGGACUUUAUGUUGUUAUUCAAUAAAAGGAAGAUCUUUCCAUGACAAGGUGACACUGCGUUUCUGAUUUUGCUACUGUGCAGUGUUUGCACAUGGAGUUGUGCACUGUGGAAAUGACCAGGGGCCCUUUGUGAAUUUGCCUUUUCACAUUCUUUGACCAUUUCCUAAUUAUCUAGUAAAUACGUAAUGUUUUAUCAGCUGGAUGUCAUUUAGAGUUCUAUUACUGAAUAGUUCAUUUGGGUUUAAUUGUUGUUAUCAAAAAGACCGGUCAGCAAGCCUAGCAUGCAACUAUUAUUUCUUAUUGGAGUAUUUUUUGAAGGUUUAUUUUAUUUUUGACUAUGUAUGACUGUGUAUGUCUGUUCACUUCAGUGCAGGUGCCCAUGGUGGCUAGAAGAGAUUGUUGGAUUCCUUAGAGCUGAGUAGUUAGUUACAGGUGGCUUUGGGCCACCUGAUGUGGGUGCUGGGACUUGAACUACGAUCCUUUGCAAGAGCAAUAAGUACUUAGCCACUGAGCCGUCUCUCUGGCCCCUGGAUUUUUUUUUUUUAAUUGAGUUUUUUCUUAAGCCUACUUAGUAAUUUGUUCCAACUUUACCUUUUAUUCUCCCCUCAAGUAUAUUUUCCUGUUUUUUUUUUUAAAUAAGGAAAAUGGAGUAACCUUAGCAGUUUCAAUAUUGAAGACCGAAGUAAAAAAAAAUACUUAAAUUCAAAGCACUUCUUAAGAAUUUUCUGUAGAAGUUAGGUGUUUUGACUGUCAAAAGCUGAUGCAUUCCUGGUGGCUCUUUCUGUUUAUGCUUGUGCCUGGAGACUUAGGAAACUGUGAGUGGUGAGUAUUGUAUGGGACAGAGACAGACUGAGCAAACGAGGGUCACGUGUCCCCGCUUACCUCUGGCUACACUGCAGUGAACUCUUAAACAGGCUCUUAGGAGAGUGGCACUUGGAUGGAGUAACUUGAAUACAAGUCUGUUAGGUCGUAGUUUGUCUUGAACUUACAGAUUUGGAGGGACUACUGACUUUGUACAACUUUGACUCCUACUAAGCUCUCAGGUUUAAAAAAACUCAAUGGUGGAAUUUCUAUGAGGCUCUGUUUUUGCUACGGCUUUCUAUUGAUGAGAAUGAGGAUCGCAUGGUGUUCAUUAAAUUUAAGUCUUCUCCCUGAUGCAUAGAUUUUAAGAGAUUUACUAAGAGAAUUUACAAACUAAAGACUUAAAUCAUUCACUGGAAAAUGAGGCUUAGAUGAUUUAGCUCUGUCUUUUUUUUUUACAAGUAGAGACAAGUAGUUGACAUUUCUUCUGAAAGAAAUAGUGGUGCACACCUAUAAUCUCAGCACUUGGGAGGCAGAGCGAGUUCCAGGAUGGUCAGGGCUACAAAGAGAGACCCUGUCUUUAAAAACCAAAAAUAAAGGUAAAGAAACAAAAUAAGUGAAACACAUAUUGUUCAUCUGGGAAGGAGUGUGUGUGAGUGACUAGAUCAGCGGUGUGUUCUCCAGUCCUGGAUGAACUUGACAGAUAUUAGCACUGGGGGAAACAAGGAGGCAAAAUAAGUAUUUCUUUUGAGGUAGUAUCUGCUGCUUGAACUAUUGUGCAUUAAAUAACUUUGGAGUUCAGAAAUUGCCUUAUUGCAUCUGAAAUUCUUGGUCUAACAUGAGAUCUGAAUUUCUGUUGAGCACCUUUAUAAAAAAGUAUCUAAGCCAUAUAAUCAGGACUGAUUCUUGGUGUGUGUGAGCUCUAUCUAAAACUAAACACUGGCUUGUUUUUCCUGUUGUAAUCUCAGAUAAAAUAUUAUUAGGAGCCAGGCGGUGGUGGCGUAUGCCUUUAAUCCCAUCACUCGGGAGGCAGAGGCGGGCGGAUCUCUGUGAGUUUGAGGACAGCCUGGUCUACAGAGUGAGUUCCAGGACAGUCUCCAAAACAAUACAGAGAAACCCUGUCUUGAAAAACAAAAACAAAGCAAAACAAAACAACAACAACCAAAAAAUACUAUUCGGAAAGCUGUUUGGUAAAUUUUUAAAUAGGUUCCAGCAAAGCACUAUCCUACUGAUCCUGGCAAGCUGGCAUCUGACUCUGAAUAUCAUACCUGCUGAAAAGCCUGUAAGGUCCUGGGUAGUUUCCAUUUAAUUAUUGAUCAAAGAAGCAUUUAUUUUCCUAUGUAAGUGCAAAGUGUUUUUGAUUGUUAAUAAAAUCUGUAAACUAUG